AUGAUUGCAUCAUUAUUCAACCGUAGGGCAUUGACGCUCGCUUUAUUGUCACUUUUUGCAUCCUCUGCCACAGCCGAUGUUUUUGAGAGUUUGUCUGCUGUUCCUCAGGGAUGGAGAUAUUCUCGCACACCGAGUGCUAAUCAGCCCUUGAAGCUACAGAUUGCUCUGGCUCAGGGAGAUGUUGCUGGGUUCGAGGCAGCUGUGAUCGAUAUGUCAACCCCCGACCACCCCAGUUACGGGAACCACUUCAACACCCACGAGGAAAUGAAGCGGAUGCUGCAGCCUAGCGCGGAGUCCGUAGACUCGAUCCGUAACUGGCUCGAAAGUGCCGGUAUUUCCAAGAUCGAACAGGACGCUGACUGGAUGACCUUCUAUACCACCGUGAAGACAGCGAAUGAGCUGCUGGCAGCCAACUUCCAGUUCUACAUCAAUGGAGUCAAGAAAAUAGAGCGUCUCCGCACACUCAAGUACUCUGUCCCGGACGCUUUGGUGUCCCACAUUAACAUGAUCCAGCCAACCACCCGUUUCGGCCAGCUGCGCGCCCAGCGCGCCAUUUUACACACCGAGGUCAAGGAUAACGACGAGGCUUUCCGCUCAAAUGCCAUGUCCGCUAAUCCGGACUGCAACAGCAUCAUCACUCCCCAGUGUCUCAAGGAUUUGUACAGUAUCGGUGACUAUGAGGCCGACCCCACCAAUGGGAACAAGGUCGCGUUUGCCAGCUACCUAGAGGAGUAUGCCCGAUACUCCGAUCUCGCAUUAUUUGAGAAAAACAUCGCCCCCUUUGCCAAGGGACAGAAUUUCUCCGUUGUCCAGUAUAACGGCGGUGGUAAUGAUCAACAAUCGAGCAGUGGCAGUAGUGAGGCGAAUCUUGACUUGCAGUACAUCGUUGGAGUCAGCUCUCCUGUUCCCGUUACAGAGUUUAGCACUGGAGGUCGCGGUGAACUUGUUCCGGAUCUCGACCAGCCGAAUCCCAAUGACAACAACAACGAGCCAUACCUUGAAUUCCUCCAGAACGUGCUCAAGUUGCACAAGAAGGACCUCCCCCAGGUGAUUUCCACCUCUUAUGGCGAGGACGAGCAGAGCGUUCCAGAGAAGUACGCCCGCGCCGUUUGCAACCUGUACUCCCAACUCGGUAGCCGUGGUGUGUCCGUAAUCUUUUCAUCCGGCGACUCUGGCGUUGGCGCCGCGUGUCAGACGAACGACGGCCGGAACGCGACCCACUUCCCACCCCAGUUCCCGGCCGCCUGCCCCUGGGUGACAUCAGUCGGUGCGACAACCCACACUGCGCCCGAACGAGCCGUUUACUUCUCAUCUGGCGGUUUCUCCGAUCUCUGGGAUCGCCCUACGUGGCAAGAAGAUGCUGUGAGUGAGUACCUCGAGAACCUGGGCGACCGCUGGUCUGGCCUCUUCAACCCUAAGGGCCGUGCCUUCCCCGACGUCGCAGCCCAGGGUGAAAACUACGCCAUCUACGAUAAGGGUUCUUUGAUCAGCGUCGAUGGCACCUCUUGCUCGGCACCUGCGUUUGCCGGAGUCAUCGCCCUCCUCAACGACGCCCGCAUCAAGGCCAAUAGACCACCCAUGGGCUUCCUCAACCCUUGGCUGUACUCUGAAGGCCGCAGCGGCCUAAACGACAUUGUCAACGGCGGUAGCACUGGCUGCGACGGUCAUGGCCGCUUCUCCGGCCCCACUAACGGUGGUACGUCGAUUCCAGGUGCCAGCUGGAACGCUACUAAGGGCUGGGACCCUGUCUCCGGUCUUGGAUCGCCCAACUUUGCUGCCAUGCGCAAACUCGCCAACGCUGAGUAG